AGCUUAUUAAGAAUAUAGAGUAUUUACAUCAGUUUUUAUAAGUUUUUCCUAAAAAAGUGAAGUGUAGGAGACGCUCAGUCACUGUGGCGCCUGACACACUGCUGGAGCCUCGCUAAUAUACGUCUCUCUAGCGUGGGAGUUUUUGUUUGUGACAACCAUGGCGGAGAGUAUGAAUCAGGAAGACCUGAAGAGGCUUCAAGGGUUUAUUGAUGCAUGUCGUGAAAAUCCUGGAAUUCUACAGCUUCCUCAGCUUUCAUUCUUCAAGGAAUAUCUGCAUAGUCUGGGUGCUAAUAUCCCUUCUGCUGGCUCAAGUUUCAAAACCUCACCACCACCAUUUAACGAACCACCAAUGCAAGAUAGUACACCUGAGCCUACCGUACAAGAGGAGGAUGAAGAAAGUGAUGUCGAGCUGAAUAAUGAAGGCGUGAUUGAACCUGAAAUAGAAGAUCCACCUGAGUUAGCAGAUGGUGGUAAAGUACCAACAGAAGAGGAUAUGGAUGCAGCUGAUGAAAAACGGUCUGAAGCUAUGAUGGCUUUGGCUGACAAUGAUUUGCAAAAAGCAGUUGAUCUUUUCACAGAAGCAAUAAAAUUUAAUCCAGAAUCUGCUAUGCUGUAUGCUAAAAGGGCAAGUGUGCUUCUGAAACAAAAAAGAGUAAAUGCAGCCAUCAGGGACUGUAAUGAGGCACUCAAGCAUAAUCCAGACUCGGCUGGAGCUUAUAAAUUUCGAGGACGAGCACAAAGAUUGUUGGGCAAUUGGCUGGAAGCGGCAAAAGAUCUUCGACUGGCCUGUAAACUAGACUUUGAUGAGCAAACAAAUGAGUGGCUGAAAGAAGUACAACCAAAUGCUACAAAGUUAGAAGAGCACAACCGCAAGUAUGAGCGCCAGAGAAAAGAUAAGGAGUUACGAGAGAAGAGAGAGAGGCUGCAUAAAGCUCAAGAGGAAGCAAAGAAAGCACAAGCUGAACAGGAGAAAUCCGGAACCUCUUUCAAUUUCUCGGGAGGAAUGCCAGGAGGCAGCGGUCCAAGCGGAAUGCCCAAUAUAGGAAACUUGUUCAAGGAUCCUGAUAUUUUGGCAGCAUUGCAAGAUCCAGAAGUUGCUGCAGCUUUCCAGGAUGUGUCUGCCAAUCCAUCAAAUAUUUUCAAGUACCAGUCAAACCCAAAAAUAGCAUCAGUUAUUAACAAACUGAUUUCCAAACUUGGAGGUGGCAGUGAAGGUAUGCCUGGAAUGGGAGGCUUCCCCGAGACAGGUGGCUUUCCUGGAAAAGGUGGUUUCCCUGGGUCAGGUGGCUUCCCAGGAGGUCCUCCCUCUCAGAGUGGCAAUGAUGAUCUUGAUUAAUGGAAGUUACAAAAUGGCUAUAUUGUUUCUCCUCAACAAAUUAGAUUAAUAUUAUUUUGAACAUGCAAAUAGGCAGGGAUAUAUUUACAGAUGAGGAUACAGUAUAUGUAUUUGUUUAGUUAUGUUUACUUAUUUCAAUAUUAUUAAAAUUAGUGUAUAGAGUUCCUUGGAUAUUGGUCUCCUCUACUAGUGUAUAUUUUCUUUAUUUACUUAUAAAAGUUGUAAUGUGGAUAUUGUCAAGGAAAAAUUCUCUUAAUAAAAUUUAUGAUGUUUAAAAUUCUCUUAAAUCUUUUGUAAUGGGUAGUUGUAUUGCCAUGUGGAUUUUUUUUAUUAAGCCAAUUAAUGAAAGCAACAAGUUCUUGGCUAAUGGUAGUCUGCCAUUAACAACUAUUCACAUGCAGUGUAUAAUCUUGUGUCCAUUGAGAAAUUUUCACUAUCUAUUCAUUAGUAUUCGACUCUAGUAUUAGAGAUUCUUCCUAAUUGUAUAUGAUGUAUGGCCAUUGUCUUGCCGGGGGAAGGAGGGUGCAAUUUUGACUGACGUCUUAGCCCCCACUUGUAAUUUUCCUCGUCAGGGCGGUAUUGACCUGUAAAGGCAGCUAAUAGUGUCCCUUUCAUUUACUGUGCUUAGAAACUUUUAUGUAUUUCCACCCAACUGGAAUUUGAGUUUACCAAUGAUGCUGUUACCUUUGAGUUCCCAAAAUGCUUAUUUUGAGUGGAUAAAUGGGAAAUGGUUUGGCAGAACAACUUAAUAAAUUUGUUUGAUGUACAUUGCUUGUUUGUUGUCUGAUGGCAAGUUGCAUUCUCAUUUAUUUGCUAAUUAAAAAGAUCUUUAAAGGGGGGGUUCCUUUAUUAACCCUUAAACUGUCCAAGCAGAUCUAUGUUCACAUACAUAGUGCUCCAAAAGUAGAUCUACAUUUGUUUACACAUUUUCAAAUGUAAAAAAAAAAAAAACUUUUUAUUUUUUACAUACUUUCAAAUGUUGAAAAAACGUAGAUCUACGUUUGGACAGUUUAAGGGUUAAGGGCUCCUGCUCUUCGGAAUUGAAGCUACCCUUCCCUUCCUCAGAUUAAAACUUAAUUGUUCCUUUACCUACCUACCUAUCUCUCUUGCUCUCUCCCUCAUCCCUCCCCCUGCCCCCAGUAAUAUGCCUUGUAUACUUUGCCCCACCCAUUGCCAGGAAUUUUAAUCAGUUUCUUACUUUUGACAUUGACAAAAUUUUGUAUUCUGUGUCAUAGCCUGCACAAUGCAGAACUUUCCUGGUUUCUUCAUAGUUUUGACUUUGUUAUAGGUUUUGAUGUGGAGCGAAUUUUGGAUUGUGUUUAAAGUGGCACCAUGGGGAACCUCCUUUGCUCUCGUGCAGCUAUAUAUUUUUGGCAGAUUUUCGAGUUUUUAUGUAGAACCUUUUUGGGAUUUUGUACACCUUAUGCUCUUAUGUGCAUGUUUUUUACAUGAGCCAUACUUGUUUGGCUUUUUUUUUUUCUAUGGAUGCUGUGCUGCUUUGUAAGACGAAUAAUUAAAAAUAAAUGUGAAAGGCAAGAGCUUGAGCCUCCUGCAAGCACAUGUGUGUGUGUUGGAUCAAAAUAACUGGAGGAGAGUAGUAUUUAGGAAUUGAUGUGCCAUUGGAGUGUGAGCCUGGGAAUAUGAGAUUGGUGGGAUAUAAUUGGAUUGCAGUGUUUGUGCACAUCUGGAAAGACAAGGGGGGUGAAGAAUGAUAACUGUUGUCUUUGGGUCAACCUUAAUGGAAUUUUUUUUUAUGAAAGCUAUUUACUCUAAACUUCAAAAUAACAAAAAUUAAUGAUAUAUAAGCUUGGAUUCAGGUAUAACACACUGAUCUAUGCAAAGUGAGAAGCCACUUAGAGAAAUGUAAUUGAGAAGAGAUCUGUAUACUGUAUUUCAGCCUUGGUCAGAGGUCAUCUGUUGCAGUAGUUUUGAGGCUAAACACAGAUCUCUUAGCUGUUAAUAAAUCUGUCAGUUAUUUCUCACUCUGUACAAUCAUAUUUUAUAUAGUGUAAUAUAUGUAUAUAAGUUAGACCAGAAUUAGAAUACAAAGCAGUAGUGUAGUUUGGUGUCCUUGCCAGGAAAAUAUUGAAUACUGGAUAGUGUUCUCAAAGUGGAUCUCAGUUUAGACAUUACAAAUAAUGAGAGCAUUGGAAAUGUUUGUUAAACAUGAGGUAAAAGCUAGAUAUAAAAAGACUGUAGUAUGCACUUCAACCACUGGGAACUUUAAAAAAGCAGAGUAUUAUGUUGAAUAUGAGGUAAUGAAAGUAUAAUUUUGCUUCUACAUAUAGGUAAUCAUGUACUGCUUCGAUGGGUAGGCUGGUCUAUAGGUGUAGCACUCGAGAUGAAUUUCCUGCGUUGACUAAGAACAUAAAUUGAUACAAAAAAGUCUAGACAAAA